AUGGAUCUAGAUAUAGAGACACCUAAUGAUAUUCCAAGUCAACAAUUAAUUAAAAGCAAAACUAAUAAAGAUGGCGAAAAGAAUAUUUCAAAAAAGAAAGCCGUACAAGAGGAGACAUUGAAAAAUGUUUUAUGUGCUUUAUUUUUUGCCUCGUCUUUGUCUGAACUUAAAGAAUAUUCAUGGCCAUUCUUACAAAAUAUUUGUCGGCAUUUUGCAUUUUUAGAGAUUGGUGAAUUAAUUGAAUUCAAUAAAGCAAAAAAGGAAAGAUUUAAUUUUAAUGUUGAUGAUAAAAGAUAUAGUUUUGAGACCAAGGCAAUGUUAGAGGCUUUAAUUGAAACCAUUACAUCUGAAAAUCUUAAAUUACGUAGUUUGGCAAGUUCAGCUAUAACAAUUAUUUAUGAAGCUUGUUUAUUAAUUUCUGGAUCAAAACAAAUAAUUAGCCAUUGUCCUUUCUUCUUUUUCCUAGCUUCAAGGUUUUGUUCAUGCUGUUACCAACAAGAAUGGUUUUAUAAAAGUGGUGGUUGUUUAGGCAUAUCUAUAAUAAGUUCUCAACUUAAUAUGGGCAUUAAAUGGAUGUUAGAUCAUGAGAUAGAAUUCGUUAAAGCUCUUCUUUUUGUAUUGAAAGAUAUUUCUCCUGAAUUUGCAGCUGGAAAUAUUGAGGAUGUACCACAAAUUCUCUUACGUAUUAUUGAGAUUUGUAACCAACAAAAUUCAUCAUCAAUUGAUAGUGAUGUUGAAAUUCAAGAUUCUAAUGAUAAAAAAAUCAAGUUUGAUAAGCUUAUAAUCACAUUAACUUCAGAAUUAUGCAAUGUAAAUGAGUCUGUAAGAGAAACAAUACAUUCAGCAUUUAAACUUUUAAGUGAAUUGACUCAAAGGACUAUUACCUGUUUACUUUCCCAAGCUAAAGACAUUUUAAUUAAUUUAAUGUUUGGUCAACCUCUUAGAGCUUUACCAGUUUCAAUGCAAAUAGGUCGUAUUGAUGCUAUUACCUAUUGUUUAACACUGCAGCCACAAUUCUUAACAUCUCAAUAUUACGAAGAUCUUACAAGGAUACUUGGUGAAGUGGUGUUUUUAGUCGAUGUUGAAGAUGAUCAGGCUUUAUUGAGUCGUAAUUCAUUAUAUAAGAAUCCAUCUGUCUUGAAUAAACUUCGUAUUGUCUGUUUGAAAUUAUUGAAAGCAGCAAUGACUUUGCCUGAUGAAUUAUUUUCUGGAAAUAAUCCAAAUGUUACUAGACCACAUAUUAUUGGUAUUUUUUUCAAAACAUUACAUAUGAAUAUUCCAGAGAUUAUUGAAGUAGGAACAAAGGCUCUUCAACAAGUCAUUCAACAGCAACACAAACUGUCUAAAGAUCUUUUACAAUUGGGAGUUAGACCAAUUUUAAUUAAUUUUUCGGAUCCUAAAAAAUUAACAGUGUCUGCAUUAGAUUGCUUAGCAAGAUUAUUGGAAUUGCUUAAAAGUUAUUUUAAACCAGAGAUAGGCAAAAAAUUGUUAGAUCAUCUCCAACAAUGGGCUGAUUCAAAUUUUUUAGCGUCCACCGCAGGAAAGUCACUCACUGAAAAUGAAAAUAUUAAAGUUAUUGUUGCAAUCUUAAAUAUAUUUCAUCUACUACCUUCAUCUGCAAAUAGUUUUUUGGAAAACUUGGUACCUAUGGUUUUAAAUUUAGAAGAAAAAUCAUGUCGUUCCAUAUCAAGCCCUUUUCGUUUACCUCUUACAAAAUUUUUAAAUAGAUACCCCACAGAAUCUGUUGAGUACUUUUAUAAUAAUAUUAAGGAUUAUCAGUAUAGUCAAUUGUUCAUCAACAUAUUGGGUACUGAUGAAGCUUUAAAACUUAGAGAGGAAAUAAAGAACAAUCCAGUAAAAUUGAUAGAAAAGGUUUCAAGUAUUCAACAUUCAGAUGCAAGUAAUUAUGUUGAUACUUUAAUCAGAACAAUUUUGAUUAUUAGACAGAUUAUCAAAUUUGAUCCAAAAUGGUUAUCAGAAAUUUCAUCAACCCCUGUCCUGAUAUUUUUAAAAGAAGCUUGGAGGGAUCAAGGCCGCAUCAAUAGACUAAAAAAUGAAAAUACUUUAAACUUAAAACAAAUGCAUGAAUCUAAAUAUUUAUUAGAGAUUUUCUGUGUUUAUUUGAAAGAAAAGCCAGAAGAUAUCGAUUUGCUUUUUGAAUUUGUUUCUAUUUUCUCAAAUAAAAAUAUUAUUGAUUAUACAUUUUUAAAAAGAUUUUAUCAUGAAGAAGUUGCCAAAAAAUAUCCAGUUACACAAAAGCAAGCAAUCCUCAAAAAGUUCCUAGACACAUUUUCUGAUCCAAAUAUUCCACCUAACAUUAAAACACUAUCACUAAAGAUAAUAAUUACACCAAUGUUAUUAUAUGAUUUUGCCAAACACUGUGAGUCAAACAAUUUAAGCCUUUCUGUCUCUAACACCUACCAGGAGCAUGGAAAAAUUAUUGAUACUACUCAAAUGGAUAAAAUUCAAUCUUUAUGGCAUUAUCUGGCAGAUAACCAUGAUGAAAUAGAGGAUUCUUUACGCAUAGAAGUUCUUCAAUUUUCAACAGUUAUUGUUAAAAGUGUACCAAACCUCAUAACUACACGUAGUUCACUUAUUAAAUUUGGAUGGAAUUGGUCAAGAGUUGAUGAUAUCACAGCAAAACAUUCAGCGUUUGUGUUUUUAGCUGCAUGUUUUGCAGAAUUUGAUCAGGUCAGUUUAAGAAUGCUAUUUCAAUCUUAUACAGCACUCUUAAAGGCUCAUCAAGUAGAGGCAAGGGCGUUGGUAAAACAAGCAUUGGAUAUGCUUGCACCGAAAUUUAUUUCACCUCAGUCACAGUCAUUUGAUGAAUCCAAGAAAGAUUCAAAAAAGAAACCACCGCCGAAUUGGAUUGUAUAUACAAAAAGAAUUCUUUUGGAAGACGGAUAUGGUUUGACUCAACUAAUUAAUGUAUAUCAAUUGCUUGUUAGGCACCCUGACUUAUUUUAUGAAUACAGAGAGCAUUUUAUGCCACAAAUUGCUAACACAUUAACCAGAUUAGGUUUACUGCAAAAUGCAACAUCUGAAACUAGACUAUUAACGAUAGAUCUUUCUGAGCUGAUUCUCAAAUGGGAACGCUGUCGUCUCAAUGAAAAUAGUACCAAUGAACAAAACAGUAGCAGUGCGGCAUCUACCCCUAUUGCAAGUCCUGGAAAACGACGUUUGGAGUCUGAAACUGAGUUUUCACCAAGAAAACGACAAAUUCUAGAAUAUGGAUUUUCAGAAUCAAAAAAUUUGUCUGAAUGCAAUUCAAAAUACAUUCCCAAUAAUUAUUUGCGUGAAAAUGUUGUCAAUUAUCUUAUCAAAUUUGUGUGUGCUUCCAAUGAUCCUAUUAACAUCAAAAAAAAAAGUGCAACUUCAAACUACUAA